AUGCUGGCGUCCUGGGAAUCAGAGUCAAGGGACACCGACGAGACGAUUCGUCAGCUGUAUGCCCAAGAGGCUAAUUUGCGCUCAGGAUCUCGCUCGACAAGCUCUGCCUUAUCUUCAUCAUCAUCGUCACGGGCCACGCCGUUCUCAGCAACUCCCCAAGGUUCCAGCACCAACACCGACACCAACAUGGCUGGCAGCAGAGGCUCGAUGAGAAAAAAGGCCUCGGAUGAGACUAUCGCCUGCUCGAUUGCCUUUCACAACAGCGAGCGAGCUCGUGCACGCGUGAACCUAUUUGAAACGGUCCCAACAGAGGUCUUGUGCGUGAUUCUCGGAUGGGUUGUGGAACCGAUUGGAAAAAAAAUGUCUGCGACCGACGACGGCGAUGGACUCCGGAUCGGCAAUCCUCUUCUGUACUGGCACUUGAACCCGGACCGGACUUUACUUCGCCUCGUUUGCCGUUCCUGGAACCAGACUAUCGUUUUCAUGGCCCGAGAAAUCCAUGUCAAGCUUGGCUCAGAUGAAUCCAUGGUGAAGCUCUUGGAGACCGAGGAGCGGCGUCGAACUAGACCAGUCACAUUGACAAGGACUACAGUGGUUCAAGCAACCAAGUCUACUCGAACAGCAGCUGCAACAGCGACCUCCUUUGAGACGGUCGGCUCGACUCUCGCAUGUUACACAACACGCUACGUCAUCAAUGACACCAUCCUCAUCGUCGCUCUCAACCCCUACCAGAACCACCCCUCCUUCACAGGCGACCUCAGUUGA